UUGCGGAGUGGACGCCUCCGGGUGAGGUAGUGUGUACCGUGAAAGAGUGUCGCGUAGUUGCGUUCCGCGAAUGUUCGCGUUCUUGUUUUCAGCGUGUGUGUUUAUUGUUUACUGUAGACGUGCACCAGGGUGCAAUCCGACUGUUUUGUGCCUGCCGCCUUGUAGCAGUACCCUACUCAUUUUUUAUUCUGUGUCUCUUCAGUCAAUUUAGAAAGAGCUGCCUUACAGCGAUAGAAGUGAGCAGCUCGGCGCGUACAUACUGCCAACUGCAUUCAAGUAUUGUUAUGUCUGGUUUGCUGAGGAUAUGAGGCAUCUUACGAUGCUGUGGCCGUCCGUCCUAGUGAUACUGGUGGCGACAGCAUGUGCGAGUGCGGACAAUUGUAUGCAGCUGCAAGACAAGCCAGGAUAUACCGUGCCACCAGGAGACAUCUCAGUGGAGUACGGCAAGCCCCUGGAGAUACUAUGUGUGUUGGACGCCGAACACAAGGCCACCGCAGGAAGCAACGCCACCGACAUCGCGUUCGAACGGAACGGCUCCCCCGUCCCCUCGAAAAAUGUGCAGGUGGUGAAUUCAACCACGGCACGCCUUUACAUGGAACAUGCUGAACCCGCAGGCAACGCCUACUAUUACUGUUUGCUCAAACCCAGCGGCCGAAAGCCAACCACCGUCUGCAUGAACCGUGUCGCUGUAGGGUACCCACCGGGGGAUCUGAAGAUUGAGAAUUUCACGUGUGUUUCUAGACACUUGAAAAAUCUCAACUGCACUUGGCAGGUUCCCGAGAACCCGAUAAAAACCACCUACAGCAUCAGCUACACGUACGGUUUGCCAGAGACGAGAUACCUCAACGGUGUCAAGUGCCCAGAUGAGAAUAGUCCAAAUUUUGGGUACUGCUACUGGGACGAUAAAACAGAUCCGAUGUACCGCGAGAAGGACGAGACCUACUAUUUCAAAAUAUCUGCAGAAAACGUUCUCGGCAAUCACACAUUCGAGGAAAUCGAAUUUAACCAGUGGGCACACGCACUGUUGGACAAACCGGAGUUUCUGAAUGGUUCAUCGAAAACGACCAGUAGCGUGUACCUGCAUUGGCAGAUAGACCAGAACCUGAAGCCGCUGCCGCUGAAGUACAAACUCCUAUACAAGUCGGAGACGUCAGAGUGCGACACGACAGACGAGUGGAAGCAAGUGGACACCUCCGAUUUCAACUGGAAGAGGUCGACUUUCAAUCUCACCGACCUGCCGUACGCGAAUUUUCUGUACGACGUGCGGCUGUAUAUAGCUCCGGCCAAGGCGAAGGGGGACGACGUGUGGUCCGAACCGGCGACGUUUACUUUCAGAACGGAACCGAUGCCUCCCACAUCACCACCAGAUCUCGCCCCGGGCAGCUUCCAGGUCAUCGGGAAGGAGUCUACGCGCGACGUUCUCAUCUUCUGGAAGAGGCUGCCUCGCUGCCGGGAGAAUGGAGACGAUUUCCGGUACAAGGUUGUGGCCAAAGAGGUCGGCACAGCGAAGCCGGAACUCGAGGAUCCCCAACCCAAGUCAUCGUACGCCAGGUUCAGUAACCUCUCGCUGAACGCGUAUGAAGUUUCCGUGUAUGCGGUGAACAAAGAGGGCAGCUCGAAACCGGCUGUUAUACUGAUACCCGAGAAGGUGCGGACACCGCCUCAGGCUUCGAGAAUCGUCACGGUCGUCAAAGAGAACGGUGUUGUACAACUGAAUUGGGACAGGGCAUUUCCGGAAGUGGGGACGAAAAAGGCAGAGACCUUCACAGUGUUUUGGUGCCAGAAUGAGCAGCUCACCAGUGUGCACUGCUCGGGAUUGCUCAACUCGGCGGUGGUGAGCAGCGAGAAGGCCGAAGCGACCAUCCAGACGAGGCCUGGGAAGGUGUACGAAUUCGGCGUGGCUGUAAACUCGGGCAACGCCAGCAGCGGCAUUACGUGGGUCACCUGCACCUUGAGACCGGACAGCGUGUACGGACGAGUUUCCAUGCCGAUCGUGCUCAAGACGGCGGCCACCUUUCUGGAGAUCAGCUUCAAGGUGGACUGCCUCAAUGGACUGAAGAGCGCCCACUAUCAAGUGCAGUACUGCGCUAUAGACGGGCCCACGAAACCAGAAUGCAGGGGUGCAGUGGAGACGCUGGCGGUGUCGACGAACAGCACGGAGGUGUUGGUGAACGUGACGGACCUGCAGCCGUACACGACGUACCGGCUGUCGGUGAUUCCCGCCGACGAGGACGGCAAGCCGGUGGGCGACCGCAGCAAGUGGGUGAACGUGACGACGAUGGAGACGCGGCCGUCGCCGCCGCGCAACGUCACGCUGGAGGAGGUGACGGGCGAGCGGGUGGUGGUGAGCUGGCUGGAGCCGCUGCCGCUGAACGGCGUGCUGCAGCGCUACGUGGUGCGCUACGGCGGGCGCGCGCUCGACGUGGCGCCGGGGCGGGGCACGCGCGUCGUCCUGCCCGUGGACGGCGACCGCGAGUACAGCGUGGUGGUGGAGGCGUGCACCAACAGGGGCUGCACGCCGGCGCCGCGGCCGCUGGCGCUGCGCUCGCGCGUCGGCCCGCCGGGGCCCGUGGGCCGCGUGGCGGCGCGGCCGCAGCCGGGGGGCCGGCUGGCGCUGGCGUGGGCGGCGCCGGUCCCGCCGGGCGGCCCCCGCCACCUGUACCAGGCGCUGCUGCUGCACGCCGCCUCCGGCCGCAACCGCACGCUGCCGCUGCGGCCCGCCGCGCCGCACAACCUCACCGACUUGCUCGACGUGCCCUUCUGCGACGCCGACCCCGACGCCAGCUACAAGGUGGCCGUCAGGGCCAUCAACCUCGACGAGCACAACGGCAUGCUGUUUGGCAACUGGAGCGAGUGGACCGACGCUUACUGCCGCAUUACCGGUGGGCUGCAGAAAGGCCGCGUGCUGCUGUGGUGCGCGGGCACGCUGGGCGUGCUGGCCGCGUGCGCUGCGCUGGUGGUCGGAGGGAGGCGGCUGGCGCGCUGGUGGCGGCACGCCAGGGGUGUCCAGGUGAAGCUGCCGCCCGGCCUGGCGCCGCCGCCCGCCGACAAGCGCGACCGUGACGAGGAGCGCCGCGUGCGCACGCCCUGGCUACUGUACGGCCGCGAGAAGGCGGCGGCCGCGCUCGGGUCGCCCACGCACGAGGAGACGACGCUGCUGCGCGGGGGUGGCGUGGCGCGCUGCGACAGCGGGGGCGGCGGCAGCAGCGCGGGCACCGGCAGCGACUGCGCGCUCUCCUCCCUCACGUCGGCCACCACCGCCGCCUCCGACAGCGACGGCGACGCGGAGGCGGACGCGGCAGGUGCCAAGCCGCGGGCCGCCCGCCAGUGGAGCACAUUCUCGGACGGCUCGGUGUCGCGCAGCACGCCCAACCUGUGGGAGGCGGAGGCGGCCUACUGCCGCGCCGGCCUGCCGGAGGCGCCCGCCGCCGGCUACGUCACGGUCGCCAGCGCCCCCUACGUCCGUAGGGGCAGCCUCGACGGCUGGCCACACACCGUCGCAGCAGCGGCUGCCGCACCGGCCAUCCCCGCAGGGUACACCCAGAUGGGCGCCAACAACGAGCUGGUGGCUGUGGCAGAACUGAAGACACCGCCGGCCGCCCACAGCCUCAACGACAACGGGACGAGUAGGGGCUACGUGCCGCGGCCCGCGGAAGCUGCGCCGGCGGCCGCCAAGCAGCAGCUGGUGCUGACUCCGCUCACCCAGUGGGCGCCCAACCACGGCCACAACAGCACUGUGCCUUACGUCACCGCCGCCAGACCGCAGCAGCAGCAGCAGCAGCAGAACGCCCCCACCGUGUGGCCUUCCAUCCGCUGCGAGAUGCCCACUGCCGCCGCCACUGCAGCGCCCGCCGCAGCCAGAGGCUACGUCAGCGUGGACAACCUUCCCCCGCCACCAGCCAGUUCGGCGCCCUCCGCCCCCGGCGCGUCGCCGACGCCGGCGGGCUACGUCGUCUGCAGCUCGGGCCGCCCCCCGGACGGCUACGUCACGGCGGGCCCGCCCCCGCCUGCGCAGACGCCCACGCACCACUGCAAGCCCGGCGGGGCGUACGUGCUGCUGGGGGAGGCGGCGGGUGCGGGCAGACUGCCGCCCCCGGCUGCCGCCCCCGCGCGUGGCUACAUCUCCCUGCAGCAGCUGGACAGGACUUAAGCCCAGUAGGCGCCCUGCGCGUGACCAGAUCUGUUAGCUGGCUGCCAUAGCCUCAAACUUGCUCAAUUAUCAGUACAGUGAAACCCGCAACUUCCGUUGCCCGCUAACUGCAGAUUUUCUUCCGCACGAGAAUCGACGUCAGUUAAGUUGCUGCUCUAUAAAGUUAAGACACCUACAGCUUUCCCCACCCUAUUCGACAGCCCACUGGAAGAGCACACGUGUAUAGGUUUCACUGUAUGUAACUGUAGCGUCGGCGUCAGUAGAGGGCGAUUGGAACAACACACACGAGAAGCCUGUGAAGUUCAAACCCGCCGGUAGUUGGCCGCUGAUUGCCAGAGUAGAAAUUUACGUAGCUACGCAUGAUAGGAGUAGCAAUGCGGGAGUACAUGUAAUACACAGCCUUUUAGUACAAUUCAAUUUACUGGCUGCGCCUUUAGUUUGUGGUUGAUCCACAAAGACAUUUAAUCAUGAAAGAUAGACUUUUGACCAGGAAGAAAACUGGCGAUUGACGCCACGUCCACAGGAAUAAAGAAGGCAGCCAACUGCUAAGCGAAUUUAGCUUUUUUAGCUUAUAUUUUUAUCGUAAGUUUAUAGCUUUACCGAGAGUUGCUAAAGUAGUCACAAUUUCUGUUAGUUUGUCUCACAAGGUGAAAGACUUUUCAUCCCACAAGAGUGUAAAUUAUGGAAGUUCGUCUAUGAUAAGAAAAUAUUCUGUGCCUCUAUAAGAUGCUGAUACAAACGUAUAGACUGUUGACUGGUUACGAGUUAACUGUCAAAUAUUUGAUUCGUGGUAUGUGUACAACUAAAUAUAAAUACUAAGAGCACACACUGUGUGAAAUCUGCGUUUGUGUGAAUACUGGCCCAUUCUUGCUUAUUCUGCUUCAUUGUAUGUGUCUGCAAUAUGAGACUGUAUGUGUACCUGUAAGUAUUUGGAAAAUUUCCCUGUUUGUGGUUGUCUCCUCACUGUGUGUGUGUGUGUGUGUGUGUGUGUGUGUGUGUGUUUUAGAAUGUUGAAACUGUACCUGUGAUGAAUAUUAAUCAUGUGUGGCCACUUCUGGAUAUGAGUGUAUACUGUGUUUUAGUUGUAUAAAACUAGUGACUUCCUCAAAAAAAUGAGGUAAUAUUAAUAAGUCAUUCUUCAUCAGCUGCUAAAAAGUGCCUUUUUUGCAGUUCUUUAUUAAGUGCGUAUAGUGUGUAUUUCACCACAAGAUGUACUGAAUACGUAUAAAAAAUAAGUUUACAUUACCAAUCCAAAAAUGUAAUCUUUUUGUUCAAUAAUCGUUUUAUCUGUAUCACUGCUCAACUACUAGUUAAAUCUUCUGCAUCUGUUAUCGACUGAAGUUGUACCUCAUCACAAGGCAAAGGAAAGUUUUUAUCAUUCAAAUAUAAAUUGUCCACUUUUAUGUUAUACACACAGGAAGUGUGAUACAUUAAAUCACUUUUAAUGGCACAAAUUUAAAGUUCUAUUUUUUGCUUAUUCCGUACAAAUACAGAUUCGUAAUCAAACUUGUCGUUCUUGUAUAACUGCCUGUAUAGCUUACAUCGUGAAAUGGGUACAAAAUAAUCCUGUCCACAAAAGUCCACCAUUUGACAGUAGUAUGCGUAUUUUGUAAAACUGAUUCAGUGCUGUAAAAACCAAAUGAAGAACAAAUAAAAUUACUGCCUGUACCUUGGCUAAAAUUUAGUUUCGUGCUUACUAGAGAACAUUACUUGAUCACAGAACCUGGUGCUGUGUUCAUACUGCUGUUAUAGUCAUAUGAGAUUAUGUUUUAUUUUUGUUUUUAUUGUAUAAGCAAAAGCAGAUAUACACUAGCAAUUGUUAUCUCUGUAUAUAUUUUGGUACCGGUACUUUUUAAGAUGUAUGUAAGCCACUGCAAUAAAUUGUG